UGUUAUCGCCAAAAACAAUACAAGCCAGAACACAAGAGCCUUAGCUUCGAUAAGGUAUCAGACAAAGUCAAAUCAAUAGUGAAGCUUAAAUUGGAAUUAAAUGAAAGAAUCGCCAAAGCUGUAUUAAAUUCACGUCCACUUCCUAAAUUGUCUGGAGAAGUUAUUAAUGUAAAGGAAAUGGAAAAUGUUCCAGAAGUUUAUUCCAAUUUCUUGAGUAAUGAACCUAGUACAACUUUGAUUCGCUCUCAUAUGAUAACAGGAAAAAUGAAAGGUUUAAAAAAGAAUAUUGAGACUUUAUCUAGAAGUGGAAUGCAAUUACCUACUAUUAUUUGGAUCUCUUAUCGAAAAACUCUUAGUAACGAAUCACAAGGAAAAAUCAAUGAACUCAAAUCAUCAGAGCUUAAAAUCUGUAACUACCAAGAUGAACAGAAUUUAUCUGUAGAUAAAUGGGAUGUUAUUAUAGUUCAAGUAGAGAGCCUUUCUCGUAUCGAAUUCUCAUCUCGUCUUAUUAUAGCAGUUUUAGAUGAA